AUAUUCUGUCUAAACGAGGCUAGCAGCACAUUUUAAGCAAAUGACCUAAUAUUCAUAACUAAAAAUAACCUGUGGGAGUAAGACUUGUUAUCCCGCACUCGGUAACUCUGUUAAGAGUAUCAGUUUGUUAUUGGUAGUCAAUUUUGUUUGCAACCUGUUUUUAGGAACGUCAACCGACAAAGAAGACAGAUCCAUCGCCGAAAUAUGAAAGGCGAAACCAAUCUUCAAUUAAGCUGCAUCAAGAAUGAUGCUGUGAAGGUCAAACAGCUGUUAGCGUCAGGUGCCGACGCUAACAUGAAGGACAAUGCUGGAUGGACCCCGCUGCAUGAGGCUUGUAAUCAUGGCUACACAGGCUGUGUUCAGGAGUUACUGAAAGCAAGGCAGCUUGUCUAUGAAAUAAAACCUGGAGAUGACACCACUCAGGUGCUGAACGUGCUGUCUGCUCCUCUGUGUGGAACAACUCCUUUACAUGAUGCAGUGGGCAACAAUCAUUAUCAAGUAGUCGAGCUGCUGGUCAGAGCAGGAGGUUUACCUUUACUAGAAGCAGAAAACGAUCGCGGAGAAAAACCGAUCGAUUUGGCAGAAAAUAAAGAAACAAAAGAAUUCCUACGGGCCAUGGAAUUACAGUUCAGAGAAAAGGGCAACGAAGUUACAGCCCUCCGCCCAUCUGAGGAAUCAUACCAGGCUGUGUUAGGAAGAAAAGGGCGACACUCCACAAAUCAUGUUCCUGCUGAGAAAUGCGAACAAUAUUUGUUGAUCUUGUCACAUUUGGUGCAGGCGUACCACCGUAUGACAAGGGCGCGAGCUGGCUUGGCUUCUGACGAUUGUCUGUGGAUCAACUUUAAUGAACAUUGCAAUAAUCUUGAAGCUCACGUGACCAGGAUUGUUGCGGGAAGCCAUCUCUCAUCUCCAACUUGCAUCCGAAUCCAAGCCAUGAGAAUGUUGGCCGAGAGUUCUUAAGCUGGCCUGGUAUCUUCACUGCAUGUUCUUGAGCUGACCUGGUAACUACAUAGGCAACUUACCAAUACUUGUGAGAGAGAAACCAUGACGACCGCAAGAAAGUCACACAUCUAGACCACCGGCCCAGUCAACAGGUUGCCGCCAUGAUGGUUCAGAUCGUAGAACUAAUGCCUGCCAGAUAAACCAUGCCAUUUCUGCAGGGGCAAACGACUACAAAAACAUGGGUUUCAGUUUCUAAAAUAUAACACUUGAAUAGAAUUCGCUUUGAUCUUUUGUGAAAACAACAAAUUCAGAGUAGUCAGACUAUAGAAACUCCAAAACUAAUAAUAAAAGGUCAAAAAUAGCUUUCUAUUGUCCGACAAUCGGAUGAUGACUGUUAGUCUGCGCGGAAUUGACGGAGUCCCAGUGUUUGUCAUUGGUUUCAUUAAGGGCCGGGUACCGGCCAAAUUGACCGGCUGUGAGGGUGAUUUUGGUUGCCUGGUUUGACCAUG